AUGAAAGUAGGAAGUUGGUGUUUAUGUGGUAAACAAUGCUGUGAAUUUAAACGUGAUCAUUCAUUACAAAUAUCCGUUUGGAACAGGUUUGAUUUAUUGGCAUUUCGGUUUUUUAAUAAUCGUCUGUUAACCGGUGAACAAUCGAAUAUAAUUGCAAAGGUAUUUGCCAUAUUAAAUAUUAAAGUGUUUGGUGAGAUUAUUUCGAAUAUAUUCAUGUUGAUUAUAACAUGUCUCGUAUUAUACUCGAAAAAUAUUUUAAAAAAUCAAACAAGAAAAAUGAAAACAUCAGUAUUAUUAGCCAUUAUUAUCUAUGGUAUGGCUUUUCAACUUCUGUUAUCAAAGUUAUAUAGAGAUUUCAUGUGUCCAAAACGGCCCAGUCCUUCAGUGGUAUUCAAAUUUUCAACAGUUGGUUUAACCAAAAAAGCCAUCGCAUCGUCAUCAUUAUCCGAUGUGUUCAGUAUGGAACGAUUAUUUUUAGAAGUUGGAAAACUUGAUUUAAUCAAAGAAGUUGCUUAUGACAGCUGGCCCGGCGAACACGGAGUGGUAAAUUUUAUCUGGGCAAUAUUAAUGUCAGUUAUUAUUUCGAGAUCAUUGUCAUCGCCAUAUAAAAAAUUUUUGUUAAAUAUUCCAAUUUGGACAUUGACAGUUGUAUUGUCAUCUGCCCGACUUAUAUCUGGUGCUCAUUGGAUGUCAGAUGUCAUAGCUGGUGGCCUAAGUGAGGCAAUUAUUAUAACAUCGUUAGGUGUUUAUACUCCGAUGUUAAGGUGGUGUACAUUAGGAAUUCAUAAAUUGAUAACUAGAAAUGAUUCAGUAGGGAAAAAGCUUCCCUAA